GACACCCAAAUAAAAUGUUUCGGUUCAUUUUAUUCUGUGGCCUCUCGUUCAUCCGUAUGUCAGCUCGCUCCGUUCCCUGCGUCGGUCUCAGCCAACGAGUGAGCGUUGUGCGAAUCGGCUAACAUAUGACCACUCCUCUCCAACCCAUAAAUUGUCACCGUCUUGAUAAACAACUCAUACGGGAGCUCUUGUCUCAGAGAAAUAAAAUAAAGAUUACUUAGCUCCUAAGUAAUCAGCCCCUCCUCAAAUACAACCCCACUCUCUCUCUCUCUGUUUUCUCGCGCACGCCGGCGGCCAGCCCCAUCCACUAUACGCCAACAUCCAUCCCUUUUUCUCUCUCGUGCCCGCACGCCACAGUCGGCAGUGCCACCGUGGGGCACAGAAAGUCUGCCACCGUCGCCCAUGGCCAGUGCCCGGCCACCGCUGGCUUGGCCACUGCGGCUCGCCGCCCAAUCCUGACCAAUGGGUUGCCUGCAGCGUCACGUUAAAUCCACCUGCAACCGUAGUUCUUCCUCCUCCCUCUGUCCUUAGCGCAGAAGCAUCACCCUGUCUUCUUCCUCGACGCCCCCUGCUCCUCUCUCUACCGAGCCCCCAUUCUCCACGGCGUUUGGCAGCAGGGAGCCCUUCUCCCCCAGCAGGAGCAGAGCCUCCAUGGCGUUCGACCCCUCUCCUUUCUCCUCCCCGCUCGGAGCUCUGCCAUAGCGCACGCAAAUCCCUUCCCCCUCCAUUCCUAGGCGCAGGAACUUCUCCCCCACGCCGUCCAGCUCCAGGCCGGAUCCAAUUCGCCCUAUCCCUGCUCGCCCAGAAUUUCUUGCCCCAAGUCCGGCAAUCCCCUCGCCGUGGAUUUCCUCGAGCUUGCCUCCCCAUGGCCGCCAACCAUCCUGCCCCUGCCCCUGGUGCGCUGGGUGCGUAGUGCUCUGACCUCGAUGGACGACGGACUCCAGGCACCCGGAGCUCUAUCCGGUCUAGCUUCGAGCACCCUCUGCUCCAUUCCUUCACCAGCGCACCCUAUUCCAUUGAGCACAUGCUGCAGGGAAGGCCGUUUCCCCAUGGUGCUGCUCUCCGGCGAUGCCCCCAGGUCCGGCGACCCCUCUCCUCCAUGGUCGAGCUCCCAUGGUUCAGACGCCCCUUCCCCAUCGGAUCCAUGGCGCAGGGGAGCAGCAGCUCUUCCUCCCCUAACCUCCAUUUCCCUGCUCGGUUUUGUCUUUAACCUCUAGGCCACGACCUUCUCCCAUGGCGCGGGCCCUCCUCUAGUCCAGUGCGCGCAAGGAGAUCCUCCAAUGCCGCACCCAAGGUCCGCUCCAGCCUCCCCUUGUCUUGCGGAUAGCCAUGGCGCCUGGGUCCCCUGCAUCUCCCUCAUCGUUCCUGCUCCCUAUGGCGUGCUGUAGCAGUGUCGAGCUAGUCCCAUCCUCCAUCUCGUCGAUGGCUCCCCUGCUGAUAUCCCCAUGGUCACUUGCCCCUGCGUUUCCCCUCAUGGCGCGCUCUGCGCACCGUUGCCGGCAUGCUCUACCUCGCUGUCCGCCCCAUCUGAAUCCGAGCAGCAGCUCGUGCAUCAGUUCCCCAAUACGUAGCCAUGGUGGUGCUCUACUCACCAUGCUAACCACAACAGCAAGCCCCAAGCCACUCUCCUCUUCACUCGGUCUGCUCGACGAAAUGCCCCUCAGUGCACGCUACUGCCCCCAUGCCAUGUCACUUGCGCGAGUGUUCGUCGAGAGCAGCCGUGUCGUCGAUCCAUGCAACCCCGACGUCUCCGCGUCUCGCUUCGCCGUCGAUCUGCACAGUCCCCGUCGCAAUGCCGUCAAUCCGCGUCCUCCGUCGAUGUCGCGCCUCGUGCUAUGCCUAUGCGACGCAAUGCGAGCCGGUGGACAGCACAUGCGACUCACCGAUCCGGCCAGGUACUCCUUAGGAUGAUUGGUUGCUGGUGUGACUUGGCCUCCAUCCCUGCCACCGGGAUAGACGGUCAAGUGGGUUAUUGCUUCCGCAGGAGAGGACCGGGAGGAGUAGCGUGGCCAGGCUUCGCCAUGUUACUCGGUUUUCUCCGUUAGUUAUUUUCGCUACAUUAAAAUUUAUGGUUAUUAUUUCUGAAACUCCGAUAAUGUAAUCACUAAUGAUACUUUCUUAAUUUGUGGUAUUAUGCUUUAUUG